AUGUUUAAAAAUAGUUUGUUUAGUUCGUUUAAGAGUGGUGGUGAAAAUUCGAAUAGUUCGUCUAAUGUGCAAAAAGACGCUAUUCUCGAGCAGUUGGUCGCUUUAUUUCCCAAUGCAGAUCAAGAAUAUUUAAAAUACUGUAUUGGGUGUUAUCAAGAUAAUCAUGUGGAAAGAAUUAGUGAAAAAAUAUUUAAUCAAAAUAAGGGACAUUAUCCAAAGAUACCUGACGGUUGUAAGGCUGCAAAUUGCACAAAAGCGAAAAACGCCUUUUUAUUACAAAUUAAUGAAUUGUUCCCAGAGUGCGAUGUGGGAUUUUUAAGAGACAAACUAUGUAAUGUAAAUCAUAGCCAUUUGCAACAAAUUAUCGAACAAUUAUUAAAUAUGGAGAGGACAGCCGAUAAAGGUGGAUAUCCUCGUAGAAUGAAUCCAUUUACUAUUGAACCUUGGGAGUUAAUAAGAUCACCAAGUUAUAGGAAGGCUGUUAGAUACAAAUUAUAUAAUGAUUUUCCUGAUACUUGGCGCUCCACUAUAAAAGCUGUAUUGGCGGAAAAUAAUUUUGAUUAUAAAAAAAGUUUAGAAAAGUUAAAAGAGCUAGCAACAAAUAAUUGGUGGAAUUCAUUAUUUAGUGUAUUCCGUAGAAAAUUAUACAAAGAAGUUGAAAAUAUUGAAUUAAUGGAAGAAAUACAAAAAUUAUAUGCGAUUAAAUUAGAGGAACAAUCAAAGGCUGAUUAUGAAAUAGCAAAACAAGUGAAUUUCACCGAAUAUACAAAGAAUGAACAGCUAAUAACUUGUGGUUGUUGUUAUGGUGAUUAUCCUUUUGAAGACUUAACUUGUUGUAAUGAAGGUCAUCUAUUCUGUAAAGAUUGUAUUAAUCAUUUGGUGCAAGAAGGUUUAUUUGGUCAAGGUUCUCUACGUGGUAAACAAAUCAAAUGUAUUGAACCUUCAGGCUGUGAUGGUUACUUUACUGAUGAUCAACUAAAUGCAACCCUUAGUCCUGAUAUAUUUAAAAAUUAUCUAGAUUCUUUGAUAGAACAUUCAUUAAAACAAUCAAAUUUGUCUUUAGUACAAUGUCCUUUUUGUACUUAUUGUGAGGCUGAUGAUGAUGACUUAAUUACCUUUAAACAAUUAAAGGUCCCGAAAUCUCUUAUUUUAUUGGCUAGCUUACCUAUAGCCGUCUUGCCCUUAUUCACCAGUGUUGAAAUCAUUUUAUCCGCUUUAAAUGUUGUAGCUAUAUUCAUUCUUCCUCAAAUUGUUUUGGGUAUGAUGGGUGUUUAUCCACUUAAAACUUGGAUCGAUGAAUUCGAUAACAUCGUUAAACGGGUGAAGAGGAGACGUAGGGGAAAUAUAUUUAAAUGUCAGAAUCCCGUUUGUGGUAAAGUAUCUUGUUUGUUGUGUAACAAAGAAUGUAGACCUUUUCACAAAUGUUACGAACAAGAGCAAGAUAGUUUACGUCUUUUCGUAGAAAAAGCUAUGGCAGAAGCUGUUAAACGAACUUGUCCAAAAUGUCAUGUAUCGUUCACAAAAGCUGAUGGAUGUAAUAAAAUGACAUGUAGAUGUGGUUACGUUAUGUGCUAUUUAUGUAGAAAAGAUUUACGACAAGAAUCUUACGCUCAUUUUUGUGAUCAUUUUCGUCCUAUACCAGGUCAAAAAUGUAAGAAGUGUAAUAAAUGUGAUUUAUAUAAAACUGAAGACGAAGAAAAGGUUAUCAGGGAAGCUGCUACAAAGGCUCGUAACGAAUUUUUAAAGUCUCAUCCUGAGGCGAGGGAUGUAAGUCUUUUAGAAAAUACUUCUAUCGGUCCUGUCGCUACUGAAAACGAAAAGUAUAUAAAAGAAGUUAUUGAAAAAGCUAUUGAAAAAGUUAUUGAAUAUUUAUUACCCUGA